UUUUUUGAAUCUUUGACUUCUUUGUAACGUUAAAAGAAAUUUGCACAAAAAAAAAACCAAAAAAAAAAAUAUUAUUUAUAUAUAUACACAUAUAUUUAAAUGCAAACAUAUUUUUUUGAGAAAUAUUAUCUCUAAUGGAGUUUAUUAAAGUAGACCCACGCAAGGUUCUCUAUUCCCAAUAUAGUAUCAGGCCCAGGUUCAGAGAUGACGAACUCAUUGAGGAUACUAUUGAUCAACUUGUAUCAGGAGAAAUAUCACCAAAAAAUAUUGAACAUAUUCGCGUGUGCACUUUUAAAGGUAAAAUGCAUUCAUUGGACAAUCGACGACUUUAUGCAUUCAGAGAAGCUAUUAAGCGUGGAUGUAGUUUCAGAACCGUACCUGCAAUAAGAAGCUAUGAAUUCGAUGAGCUCAAAAGGAAAAUGACAAGUCCUCCGUCUCCUGAUUAUUCAGUAAUUAAAGUAAGGAGGGAUAUUUAUAUACCUGAGGACUUGUAUGAUGAUGAUGAUGAUGAUGAUGACGAGUAUGAAGAGUAUGAUGAUGAAGAAGAUGACGAUGAGUACGAUGAAUAUGACGAGUAUGAAGAAGAAGAUGAAGAUGAUGACGACGAGUAUGAUGAUGAAUCUGAUGAAGACGAGGAUGAGUAUGAUGAAGAGUAUUAUGGAUAUGAUUAUGAUGAUGAAGACGACGAUGAGUAUGAUGAUGAUGAAUAUGAUGAGUAUUAUGAUUAUGAUGUUUUGAAUAGUUUUGGGAGGUUAUAUAUUUGACGUCCCGUAUAGUUAGUUUAAUUUUAAUAUAAUUGAUCAAAUUAAUAAAAUUUGCUUUACUGUUAACGUGAACUUUUAUCUAUUAUUAUUAUUAUUAUUAUUUUUUGAAUUUUGC